GUACACGGCAAGCAUGCUUUCACCAAGAUACGCAUAUGUCAAUCGCAACCGACAUGCAAGCGUAUGUCGCAUUCUUUCGUUGGGCUUCGACGCCAGUUCAAAGUGCAGUCGACCUUGUGUACUCAUGCGACGGCCCUGACUCCGUGAGCUGCCUCUUUCUCCAUACCAAGAAGAUCCCAUAGACAAAGUAGGCAAGUGCCGCUGUCUCCAUCUGAUCUCUCAAAAGAUAUCGAUCCAGCUCGACAUCCAGCGACACAACGAGCCAUGUUUGCGGCAAGGCCAGUACGCACAUAGGCUCUGGGUACUUGAUCUUCUCAUGCACUGUAUAGUACUACAACCAUGUCAGUCAACCUUGGCGCAAUCAUCUGGACCGCUGUCCGGGCACUCCUCAAAUUCGUGCUCACAGCCGCCGCUGGUACCAUUCUCGCUCGCAAAGGCCUACUAGACUCUCAGGGUUCACGGGCACUUUCACAAGCAGUCAUCAAUGUAUUCCUGCCAUGCCUCAUCUUCAGCAAGAUUGUCGUUGGUAUUGACAAUUCAAUGGGUAAAGAAAUUGGCAUCUUGGUACUCACGGCCAUCUUGUAUAUGGCAAUCGGCAUGGUCUUUGGCUACAUCACACGUCUCGUCACUCAGUGUCCGCGCGGUUGGGAAAACGGCAUCUUGGCUGCUGGCUGUUUUAGCAAUUGGGGAGAUUUGCCACUCGUGAUGCUUGGUACCAUUACACAAUCGGCGCCCUUCUCGGGGCAAGCGGCACUUGACAAGUCCUUUGCCUACAUCACCAUCUUCAUCUUUAUGCAGACGAUUGUGUUUUUUAAUCUGGGUACGGCAAUGGUACAACGAGAUUUCAAGUUUCCCAUUCCUGAUGAAGAGAGGGCGUCUCAUGCGAGAAGCAGGCUCGCUGAGAACAAGAGCAAGAUCAGUAGCAUGCUGCAGAGUAUCCAGGAACGAGCAUCUCUAUGGAAGACUAAAAUGGAGAACACAUCACCCACGCAGAAUGUGCCUCUGGAGACGAUCAGCACAGUCACAGCUACUAUCCCACCAGUAGAAAGACUUACAGGCGCUCGACCAAUGAGCCCUCUACAGCCUGGUGCAGCACUAGGCUUUGUUCGCAGCGGGAGUACCGAAUCUUUACGUCUCAAGCCAGUUACGUCUGGCUUGCUCGAUCACGGCGACAUGCACGCACUGUUUGACCCGCAAGAGAUCACAAGGCUUCCAUCAGCCAGGAGUAAAAGCAAGUCUGGUACAGCAGAACCAGAGAAACGUCCGUCGUCUUCGGCAGCAUCGUCGACGGCUGCCUCUGAUGAACGGACUGGCUGGCAACGCAAUAAACAUGUCGCCCUGGUGAUCCUCAAACGCUUCUUGUCGCCGCCCUCUGCAGCGACGCUGCUGGCCUUCCCCAUCGCCAUGCUGACACCCCUCAAACAACUCUUUACCCACUUAUCAGCGGCUGAUCCAACAACGACGCUUCAAGUGAGCAUGCCUGAUGGACCAGAUGGACAACCGCCAUUGGCCUUUAUCACCGAUACCACCAACUUUAUCGGAGGCGCAACGGUCCCUUGUUCGCUGUUGAUUCUCGGGUAUGCACUCUCUCGACUUCGUAUCAAACGCGGUGAACCCAUCCCUGCCGUCCGCAGCGCCAUCGUCCUUGGCCUUUUGAAAUUGGUGGUGAGUCCGAUUAUUGGGAUUGCAUGGAUGCAGUUCCUCUCGGGUAAGCUCAUGGCCCCUUCAGAUCUAGUACUGAGGUUGGUAUUGGUUUUGCCGGCUGCAACGCCGACAGCGACAUCACUCAUGUAUGUCACGCAGAUUUUUGCAACAGAGGGCAGAGAAUUAGAGACGCAGAGUCUUGGUGUGGUAUUGCUCGUUCAGUAUGCGCUACUGGGAUUCACGCUCACAAUCACGGUGGUGUAUACGCUCAAUCUCAUCAGCUAA